CGAUCAUAUGACUUCGUCCCGAGUUGUAGGUCGCCUGACCAGCUGAACGAAACGCUCCAGUUUGUGCUUGCCUUUUCAUCACUCCAGCUUAAAAGUUCAUAAAAUAAUCGGCAAUAAUGGCUAGUCAAACUCAAGGCAUUCAACAACUCUUGGCCGCGGAAAAACGUGCUGCUGAGAAAGUCUCAGAAGCCCGCAAACGCAAAGCGAGAAGGCUCAAGCAGGCCAAGGAAGAAGCUCAGGAUGAGAUCGAGAAAUACCGUACCGAGCGCGAGCGUCAAUUCCGCGACUUUGAGGCCAAGCACAUGGGCUCCAGGGAGGAUGUUGCUGCCAAGAUUGAGCAGGAUACUAAACAUCGUAUUGAAGAGAUGAAUAAAGCCAUCAUAAGCCAGAAGGAACCUGUCAUGAGGGAGGUUCUUCAGUUGGUGUAUGAUAUCAGGCCAGAAAUGCACAAGAACUACCGCGUUUAAGUGCAUAGGUGCACAGCCAGUUUAACUUAAUACAAGUUGGAUAUGUACUCAAAAAUUUCCUGUUAUUCUAUUAGAUGUUAUAAUCAUUCCACUUAUUUUGCAAUGUGCAAUUAAUGUCCAAAAAUAACUUGCUAAAUAUGUCACAAAGUUGUACAGUAUUCUGUAGAGAUCCUAUAAAGUAGAAAAAUAAACAGAUUUGAUGUUA